AUGGAGGAUCAGCGCAGGCCGAGUCGCGCCGCGGGAUAUCCAGCCUCAGCCGACACCGAGUGCGGCGGGGCAGUGGCUGCCGCUAGGCAGGCCGAGCGCCGUCUCGGCCUCAGGGAAAAUCCGACGUGCACCGAGAGAAAUUCGGCCUCUGCCGACGGUGGAGACCGCCGGGCCUCCGCCGCCGGCGACGUGGAGUUCGGUCGCCCCGCGGGACAUUCGGCCUCAGCCGACAUGGAGGGCCGCCGGGCCCUCGCCGCCGUCAAACGGCCGAGGCUCCGGCCACAACUCCCGCCGCAGCCGGGCCGCUUGUUUCAGCAUUGGCCGGAAGCCGGGGCUUCCAAGAUAUCCGGCCCCAGGCGCCAAAGAGGGCCGCCGGGCCUGCCGCUGGCGACGAGAAGUUCGGACGUUCCGCGGGACAUUCGGCCACAGCCGACAUGGAGGGCCGCCGGUCCUUCGCCGCCGUCGAACGGGAUAGGUUUGGCUUCAGCCUUUACCGGAAGCCGGGGGGCUCCGCAGGAUAUCCGGCCCCAGCCAACAUGGAGGGCCGCCGGCCCUUCGCCGCCGUCGAGCGGGACUAGCCCGGCCGUAGUCUCGGCCGGAAGCCAGCACUCGCCGAGAGCCAUCCAGUCCCGGCCGGCCAGCAGAGUGGAGGCUCCUGCCACAACUCCCGCCGCAGCCGGGCCGCUUGAUGCCGAGACGAAGGAGCUGCAGGCCGAGGACCUAGCCAGCGCGCUGCGGCACCUCGACGAGGAGUUCGAGGCGGGCGAGAGGCUGGCCAACGAGCAGACGUGGUGCGCGCCGGUGCCGCGCGAGAGGCAGGUGAGGACGGUGCGGAGGUUCUACCGGGCGUUCCACGACGCCGGCACGCUGCCGAUUAUGACCUGCACGCUCUGCUACCGGAAGCGGGAUAAGGGGGAGCUGAGGGAGAUGGCGUGGGAGGGGUGGUCGCGGAGCGACGCUGCGGGGGGCGGGCGGUCCCCGAUCGGGUGCCGAAGCUGCUUCCCGGAGGGCAGGCCGGUUCCGGUCUGCGCGGAGUGCGCACGAUGUGCCGGGCGCGAGGGGGCGUCGCCGGCCAUGCACCUCCACGGGCGGCUCGGCUGCGAGCACGCGUACCCCGACGAGCUGAAGGACCUCACGCCGCUCGAGGAGAAGCUCAUCUCGCUCAACUCGUGCUACGGCUUCGUGACCAAGUACAGCAUCCCCGGCGGCCAUCGGCAGAGCGUGAGGUACCCGAGGCACGUCAAGGGCCAUAUCACAGUGUUCCCGAACGACGUGCAGGGCCUGGCCGCCAAGGUGCUCCCGCACCCGCUAGUCAGGGUCAUGGACGAGAUCCACGUCUCGUGGCAGGGCGCCGAGAGGCCCGGGCCGCGGGACCUAUCGGGCCUGCUGUCGGUAAGGCGGUCGGCGGUCGAGAGGGCGCUGGCCUGGCUCAAGGAGAACAACCCGCUCUACGGCGAGGUCGAGAUCGACGCAGCGGAGAUGGCCAGCUGGGGACGCCGCCGCACGGUGCCGCCGGUGGUGUGCGAGCGGCUGGAGCGAAACGAGCCGUCGGCGCGGGAGAGGACGCGGACGGCGCAGGUGGUGCCGCCGUCGGAGCGGGCCAUGGACGACGGAGGCGCGGCCGAGAUCGAGGAGAUCAUCGCGAUGCUAAGGCAGGGGCGGGACCCCGCCGAGGGGGGCCGCGACGUCGGGCUCACGUGCGAGGACGACGAUAGGGACGCCGCUAGGCCCGAAGAGGACGGGGACGUAAUCAACGAGGUGACGUCUUCCGGCAUGUUCCCGUUGGACGGGGCGCCAGAGGUGGCCGAUGCCGAGAAGAUUCUCUUCGCCCGCGGUGCCGUCGGGCCCGAGGGAGCGCGCGCCGGCCCGAGGACGUGGGUAGGGACGGCGGCCGGAGGGACGGCGGCCGACAGCAACGGCGGCGACGGCGAGCCGUACAUAGAGGUGCGGCGCGGCGACGACUUCGCCGACUCGGCGGACGCCUCCUUCUUCGCUAAGGCCUUCCCGACCCUGUUCCCCUUUGGCGUAGGGGGGCCGAGGCUCGCCGACGAGGGCGCUGCGGUGGAGAACGCAGCGCCUAGCGUCGGGAACCGGGGCGCCGAGGCGGAGCGGGUCGCGGAGGCCCUUAUAUCGACGCGGAACAUGACCCUCCAAGCGUGGGCCGACGUCGUGCUGCGGCGCCACGGCGGCCGGUUCGCGACGCAUCCUAUCUUCGCCUUCCUCGUCUUUAACAUGGGCGUACGGUCUAGGAACCGCCAGGCCAGCAUGCUCGGCGUCACGAGGAAGAACUUCGCAAGGGUCGAGGGCCUGCUUAAGUCGUUAACGGCGGCGAGGGUCGAGGCGGCGAGGGUCGAGCUCGAGGCCACAGGCAAGACUAGCGACGACGGGGUAAAGGAGCUCCUCCGGUCCCUCUCCGUGUUCGGCUACCGGCAGCCGAUGUCGAGGGAGAGCCGCCUUAAUAUGCGGAAGAAGAUACUAUCCCUCAUCGUAAGGCACGGGGUGCCGGCCAUAUGGUUUACGCUGAACCCGAACGACAUCACGAACCCGGUAAAGUUACGGCUGGCGGCGCACCGCGCCCGCGACCCCGACGAGGCCGAGGCCUUUCUAAGAGACCUGGGGACCGCGUAUAAGCGGACGCGGCUGGCCAUAUCGGACCCGAUGAGCUCGGCCGUCUUCUUCCACCGGGAGAUGACGCUCUUCUUCGAGCACUACGUCAACGUCGGGGAGGAGUCGGUGUUCGGGCACGUCGGCGCGUAUUACGGGGCGGUCGAGACCAACGAGCGAGGCGCUCUCCACAUCCACGGGCUCCUCUGGCUCAAGGGCAACGCGGGUCUCGGCGAGGCGCUGGCCGGCCCCGAUACGGAUGAGCAGGCGGCGUACCGGGAGCGCAUCGUCCGCUAUGUAGAUAGCGUCUUCUCUGAGGAGCUAGACGCGGAAGGUUACUGCGCCGUGCAGGCGGGGCGGUCGGCCACGGCGGACAUAUCGUCGCGGCUCGACGACGUCGCGCGCUUCACGGACACCUUCGACGAGGAGGCCAACUUCUGCGCCGGCGCGACGCAGAUCCAUACGCACAGCGCGACCUGCGUAAAAUACUCGCUCGGCGUGGGGGCGCGUAAGGGGGACCUCUGCCGGUUCAAGGCGCCGUGGAGGCUGGUGGAGAGGACGGCGCUGACGGCGGACGGGGCGCUCGAGAUCCGGCGGACGCAUAGCAUGGUAAACCGGUGGAAUAGGGCGAUGGCAGUAGGGCUACGGCACAACCACGACAUCUCGUUCAUCGCGACGCAGCGCAAGACCAUGGCCCUAAUCUACUACAUUACCAACUAUGCGACGAAGGUAGAGGACCCCGUGUGGAAGCGGGUGGCCGCCGCGGCCGAGUUCCUUCCCGCGCUAGAGCCGACGGGAGAGGGCAACGGAAGUGGCGCCGACCGCGACGCCGGCCGGGGGGGCGGGGCCGAAGGGGUGUCGACGGUGGCGGACCCCAUAGGGAGGAACAAGACGAGAACGUUCCUGCUCAAGGCGGCGAACCGAGUGUUUACGGAGCGGCCGCUGUCGCAGGUCGAGGUGAUCGCGCACCUCCUAGGGUACCCGGCGGAGUUCAGCAGCGGCUCGGCGUGGGCGUACGUAAACGUGAACCAGCUCUACUGGGCCGUCUUCCGCCGGUGGCGGCACCUCCGACGGGCGAGCGGCGCGGAGGCGACGGGCGACGCGCCGGACGAGACGGUCGUCGUCGAGGAGGCCGGCCCGAGGAUCCCUCGUCGAGGCCUACCGGCACAGGGCGAGCUCCUGCGGGGCCUCUGCCUUUAUGACUACGCAUCGCUCGUAAGGCUAAAGCGAAACGGCAGCGGCGCCGACGGUGGGACGGGCUGGGGCGAGGUACCCUUCGCGGAGAGCUGGGCGUCGGGGAAGGGCUGGGUGCAGGCGCUUAGGCGGCCGGGCAGCGGGGCGACCGUAUGCCUCGACGGAUACCUCAGCAAGGAGUUUAGCGAGGAAGACGACGAGUCGUGCCACCGAAGGGCGGCGGUGCAGCACCUGGCCCUGUUCGUGCCGUGGGAAUCCUUCCUCGGCGAGGAGGCAGGCGACAUUAACGACAUCUGGGCGCGGGCGCGGGGGUCGCUGGCGCCGAGGGUCGCGCGGCUCGCAGACAACGUGCAGCUCCUCCGGCGGUCGGCGGAGGACGCGAAGCGCGACGCCAAACAGUGGGCCGCCACGUCGGAGGAAGGCGAGACGGCGGCUGCGCAGGCCGAGGGCGGCGAAGGGGCGUACCGUGCCGGCGGGGCGGGCGACGCGGCGCGGCUCAUCGACGUCGUACGGAACGCCGCCAGUGCAGGACAGGUAACGGCACAGUCGACGGAGCUGCUCGCGAUGACGCAGCAGCUCUGCCGGUUCCAGCAGUCGGCGCUCGGGUCGGCGGCCGAGCUCGCGGCGACGGUAGUGGCGGACGAAAGGGCAGGCAGGAGGGUGAACCUGCCAGGCUCGGCGCUAUCGGGGGCGGCACUGCCGCGGCAGGAGGAGGUGCGGGGCAUCAAGUCGCAGCAGAGGAGCGCGGCGCGGGAGCGGGAGCGAGCCAUCCAGGGCAUCCAGGGCGGCGGGGCGGCGGCGGGCAUGGGGGCCGACCGCGGCGCGGCCCUUCGCGGGGUGAUGGGGGGCUUCGGCGAGGACGACAUGGACGUAACGGCGGCCGACGGUGACGUAGACGCAGGCACGGCGGCGGGGAUGCACGUGCGGCUCGGCCCGUCGAGCUCGUUCGUCGCCGCCGGCAGGGAGCUAGCGGGGCAGCUAACGCUUAACGAGAAGCAGUCGGUCGCCCUCCUAAUCGUAUGCCGGCAGCUCGACCGGAUCCGGCUGGGCGACGGGGCAGGCGGCGAUGGCGGCGGCCAGCUCUGCCUAUUCAUCGGCGGCGAGGGCGGCACCGGCAAGUCGCGCGUCAUCGAGGCGCUCGUCGAGCUACUCGCCCGGAGGGACCUAUCGAGCCGGCUGCUGGUUACGGCGACGUCGGGGACGGCGGCGGCGCGGAUCAACGGCAUCACACUGCACUCGGCCUGCGGCCUCGCGAUAGGCCAGAGCGGCCAGGCGGGAAGGGCGACGAGGGAGGUAGACGGGGUGCGGCUGCCGGGCCAGGGGGAGCGCUUCGUCGACGGCCGGUCGCGGAUGGACUGGCAGGAGAAGGAGGUGCUGGUGAUCGACGAGGUCAGCAUGCUCGGGGCGAGGACGCUGCACGCCGCCAACGAGCAGCUCUGCCGGCUGCGGGGGUCGGCGCGAGACUUCGGCGGCAUCCCGGUGGUGAUCUUCUGCGGCGACUUCCACCAGUUCCGGCCGGUGCAGGAGCGGUCGAUCCUGCUGCCGAGCGCGGCGGUGGCGUGGGACGAGGACGGGGCGUUCGCGGCCGAGCAGCGACGGCAGCACGACAAGGCGCACGCGCUGUGGCGGCGGUUCACGACGGUCGUCAUGCUAGACGAGCAGAUGCGGGCCGCCGGCGACCCGGAGCUUCGGCGGCUGCUCGGGCGGAUCCGGCGGGGCGAGCAGGACCGGUCGGACCUGGAGCUGCUCAACUCGAGGUGCUACCGGCCGGGCAGGCGGAUCCCGUGGGAGACGGGCCUGACGGUGGUGACGCCGCUCAACCGGAACCGCUGGAACCUUAACCUAGAGGCGGCGCUCGCGUUCCGGGCGCAGCGACGGACGGCGGCGCGCGUCUUCCUGUCCGAGCACAGGUGGAAGGAGGGCGUGCCGACGGAGGAGGAGGCGGCGCUAAUGCUAGGCUACGGCGACGACAGCGCGACGCCGGUGCCGGCCGUCUUCGUCUUCGUGCCAGGCAUGCCGGUCGUCGUGAACCAGAACACGCACCAGGGGCUGAAGCUGGUGAACGGGGCCGGGUAUACGGCGGUGGAAGUCAUCCCCGACCGGGCCUUCCCCGGCCACCGGGUGUCGGCGGAGCUAACGAUACACUUCGGGCCGCCGGCGGGCAUCGUGCUGGCCUCAGAGACGACCAUGGACUUCCACUUCGUCGGGAUGCCUGCCGGGACGAUCCUGCUGACGCCCAUCAGCGUCAAGAUCGACGCGCAGCGGAAGCGGCCGUGGCAGCGAAGCGACGUCAGUCGCAGGGGCCUGCCGUGCGCGGCGGCCUUCGCCUGCACCGACUACAAGGUGCAGGGCGGGACGCUGGAGCGCGUGGCGCUGGAGCUGCGGGGGGCGAGGACGACGACGGUCGAGGGGCGGGCGGUGCCGUCGCCGUGCGACCCGUACAGCCUAUACGUGCAGCUGUCGCGGUGCCCGACGCUCGACGGCAUCAUGCUCGUGUCGGAGGUGCGGGAGCGGGACCUGGUGGGGAACCGGGUCCCCGGGGAGAUGACGGCGGCCCAGGCCCGGCUGGAGGAGCUGAGCGGGCGGACGGCGCGGGAGGCGGCGGGCUGGCUCCGCGGGUAA